ACGCAUUCACCUCUUUCACUACCGCUCAAGCUCGACUCAGUCCCCGGCGAGUUCGACUCGGAGUUUUUCGCAGCAAUUAAAGACAACCCGAAAAUUUUUCGGUACGAUUCAUUUCUUUCUCUCUCUCUCUCGAUUCUGGAUCCAAAAUUACCGUGUGUGUUCUCAAGUUUGAAUUGAGGAAGGAGACGGCGAGAAGAAGAAGAUGGCCUCCGAGCUGAUCUACCGGCGACACGAGACGGACCAGCCAGCCGCCGAAGCUUAUUACCCGAAACCCAUAAAGCCAUGGUUUGUCGUGACUCGUCCGAUCCGUUACAUGCUCCGGGAACAGAGGCUCGUCUUCGUCCUCGUAGGCAUUGCCAUCGCCACCUUGGGUUUCACGGUUUUCCCUCGUUCGACUCAACCCAUCCCCUACACGGAUCCGCUUUCUGGGUACGGGCUCGGAUCGGACUCUUCGUACAUCACGGCGUUCCAGUCGCAGAGGAAGCCUAGCCUCGAGUAUCUGAACCGGAUCGGGUCGGCGGGCGGCAAGAUUCCUCUUGGGUUGAAACGCAAGGGUCUCCGGGUCGUGGUGACCGGUGGGGCAGGGUUCGUCGGGUCGCACCUCGUGGACCGUCUGAUCGCGAGAGGGGACAGCGUGAUCGUCGUUGACAACUUCUUCACGGGUCGGAAAGAGAACGUGAUGCACCACUUCGGCAACCCGAAUUUUGAACUCAUCCGUCACGACGUUGUUGAGCCGCUCCUCCUGGAGGUAGAUCAGAUCUAUCACUUGGCCUGCCCUGCUUCUCCUGUCCACUACAAGUUCAAUCCCGUCAAGACCAUCAAGACGAAUGUGGUGGGAACGCUGAACAUGCUGGGUCUGGCGAAGAGGGUCGGAGCCAGAUUUCUUCUGACGAGUACCAGCGAGGUGUACGGAGAUCCUCUUCAGCACCCGCAGGUGGAGACUUACUGGGGCAACGUUAAUCCCAUCGGUGUUAGGAGUUGCUAUGACGAGGGAAAGCGGACAGCCGAAACGCUGACCAUGGACUACCAUAGAGGUGCCAGCGUUGAGGUCAGGAUUGCACGUAUCUUCAACACCUACGGUCCAAGGAUGUGCAUAGAUGACGGUCGUGUGGUCAGCAACUUCGUUGCUCAGGCACUAAGAAAAGAGCCAUUGACUGUUUAUGGUGAUGGGAAGCAGACAAGGAGUUUCCAAUAUGUUUCUGACCUGGUGGAGGGACUGAUGAGGUUGAUGGAGGGAGAACAUGUCGGGCCUUUCAACCUGGGGAACCCUGGUGAAUUCACCAUGCUUGACCUCGCUCAGGUGGUGCAAGAGACGAUAGACCCGAAUGCGAAGAUAGAGUUCAGACCAAACACAGAAGACGAUCCACACAAGAGGAAACCAGACAUCACGAGGGCCAAAGAGCUUCUUGGUUGGGAGCCUAAGGUCUCUCUACGUAACGGUCUCCCUCUCAUGGUGAAAGACUUCCGCCAACGUAUCUUCGGCGACCACAAGGAUGGUGGUUCCUCCACCACCUCAUCAUCCGCCUGAGCUUGAGCCUGAGACCACACACUUUCUUCUGGCUGACGACUCUUUCGCACCGGCCCGGCCCAGUGGUAGCGCCAUGCCCGAGACGAGGAGAGAUCGCUUCGCUUCUCUUUUUUUUCUCUUUCUAUGUUAUUCUGAUUUUGGUUACUAUUCGUAUAAACUUAGCGGAAGGUGGGGCUGCCCAGCCUCACCACGACUUCAAAUCUUUUUUUUUUUUUGGUUGCUAUUUACAGACAUUCGCAUUUUUUUUUUGGACGAGCACUUCUCUUUUGAACGA